GGGACAGACGGAGAGGGAGGGGACACCCCUGGUUGCAGCCCUGCUGAGUGGACUGGGAUCGGGGAGUCCUGCCCUGUUGUGCCCGGCCGGACCAUGGUGCUGUCGGUGCCCAUCAUCGCUCUGGGUGCCACGCUAGGCACAGCAACCAGUAUCCUCGCCCUGUGUGGCUUCACCUGUCUGUGCCGUCGCCUGAACCCCAAGCACGGGCUCCGGGACCAGGACCAAGGCCAGGAUGCUGAGAAGGCGACGUCCAGCGUGCUUCGGCCAGCCCAGCAGCAGCAGUUCAAUAUUAAAAAAUCCACGGAGCCUGUCCAGCCCAGAGCCCUCCUGAAGUUCCCAGACAUCUAUGGACCUAAGCCAGCAGUGACUGCCCCAGAGGUCAUCAACUAUGCUGAUUACACCUUGAGGACCACAGAAGAGGAGCCAGUCCCUGCCAGCACACAGGCCCUGAAUGACAGUCGCCUCAAAAGACAGGUCACGGAGGAACUCUUCAUCCUUCCUCAGAAUGGUGUGGUAGAGGACGUCUGUGUGAUUGAGACGUGGAACCCAGAGAAGGCUGCCAGCUGGAACCAGGCCCCGAAACUCCACUACUCCUUGGGCUACAACCAGCAGAAGGCCCAGCUGUCUGUGAUGCUUCUGGAAGCUGUGACGGGGGACAAUGAUGCGGGCUGCGAUUGCUACAUUCAAGGAAGUGUGGCAAGUGUGUCGGGCACCGCUGAGGCACAGACAGCCCUGAAGAAGAGGUUGCCCCACACCACCUGGGAGGAGGCCCUGGUUUUUCCCCUGCCUGAGGAAGAGUUGCCAGCAGCCACAUUGACCUUGACCUUGAGAACCUGUGACAGGUUCUCUCGGCACAGCGUGGUGGGGGAGCUCCAGCUGCACCUGGAUGGGAUACCCCUGGGGACAGCCCAGUGGGGGGAACUGAAGACCUCAGCUAAGGCCCUGGCCACUGGUUCUGGUGAAGUCCUCCUAUCCAUCAGCUACCUUCCAGCAGCCAACCGACUCCUCGUGGUCCUGAUCAAGGCAAAGAAUCUGCAUUCCAACCAAUCCAAAGAUGUCCUAGGGAAGGAUGUCUCCGUCAAGGUGACCUUGAAGCAUCAGGCCCUGAAACUCAAGAAGAAGCAGACAAAGCGGGCCAAGCACAAGCUGAACCCCGUGUGGAAUGAGAUGAUCAUGUUCGAGGUGCCCGAUGACCUCCUGCGGGCCUCCAGCGUGGAGCUAGAGAUGCUAGGCCAGGACGAGGCCGGCCAAAGCCAUGUGCUAGGCCGCUGCAGCCUAGGCCUGCACUCAUCCGGCACCCAGCGCAGCCACUGGGAAGAGAUGCUCAAGAAUCCCCGCCGGCAGAUUGCCAUGUGGCACCAACUCCAGAUGUAGCCCCUUGAGGCCUCCACCAUGAUGCCAAGCUCCCCUCCUUGUCUCGCCUACCUUUGUCCAUCCGUCUCCCCGACUUCUCCCCAUUCCACUCUCAGUCAGGCCAUGGGCUCAGGAGACCAUGGAAGAUGUUUGGGAAGGCUGAGGCCACAUAGGAUCCCUGUCACCUGAAAGUCAGGUCAUCCCUCAACGAGCAUUUAUUAAGCAUUCACUGUGUGCUAAAGAAGAGGCCUUUGAUCUCUGAUCACAGAGCAGAAAUAGGACCUCGGUGGUCAUGCUGUUGAGUACAUACAGUGAUUCCCUUCCUACUUGCCAAAAAGAUGGGUGAGUUACAGCCCGUGUGCAUGAGACAGCCCACACACAGAUGGGCAGACAGGCCUUGGAAAAAAGGCAAAGGAAAGCUUGAUCU